GCCCGGAGACCCCGGGCGCCGGCCGCGUUCGGGGAGGACUUCUCCUUCGUCAGCCCGCUGGUGAAAUACCUGCUCUUCUUCUUCAACAUGCUCUUCUGGGUGAUUUCCAUGGUCAUGGUGUCCGUAGGAGUCUAUGCUCGGCUGAUGAAGCACGCAGAAGCAGUCUUGGCCUACCUGGCAGUGGACCCAGCCAGCCUGCUGAUCGUGGUGGGCAUUCUCAUGUUUCUGCUCACCUUCUGUGGCUGCAUUGGAUCCCUCCGUGAGAACAUCUGCCUCUUGCAGACGUUCUCACUCUGCCUCACCAUCGUGUUCCUGCUACAGCUGGCUGCUGGGGUCCUGGGCUUCACCUUCUCAGACAAGGCACGAGGGAAAGUGAGUGAGAUCAUCAAUAAUGCCAUUGUACACUACCGAGAUGACUUGGACCUGCAGAACCUCAUUGAUUUUGGCCAGAAGGAGUUCAGCUGCUGUGGGGGCAUUUCCUACAAGAACUGGUCCCUGAACAUGUACUUCAACUGUUCAGAAGAUAACCCCAGCCGUGAGCGAUGCUCUGUGCCUUAUUCCUGUUGCCUGCCUACCCCCAACCAGGCAGUGAUCAACACCAUGUGUGGCCAAGGUAUGCAGGCCUUUGACUACUUGGAAGCUAGUAAAUUCAUCUACACCAAUGGCUGUAUUGACAAAUUUGUCAACUGGAUACAUAGCAACCUCUUCUUACUUGGCGGUGUGGCACUGGGCCUAGCCAUCCCCCAGUUGGUGGGAAUCCUGCUGUCCCAGAUCCUCGUGAAUCAGAUCAAAGAUCAGAUCAAGCUACAGCUCUACAACCAGCAGCACCGGGCUGACCCAUGGUACUGAGAAUCCAUCUGCACCUCCUCACCAUGGCAACAGGGAGCCUUGUCACUGACAGCA